AACCGGUCGUUUCGCCUGAAAUUCAGUUCGCCCGAAACCCUUUCGCCAGAACUGGAAGACGAUUCGCCCGGUAUUUUUCUAACGUGACUAUGGUACCAGUUAAUUGAUCGAUGAAUACAGCGUUAUGCCACGGUUUCGUGUAAUGUGAACAUCCAGCGCUGCUUAAAGAGAGAACUCCGUUUUUUUUUUCUUUUUCGCUUUUUCGGCUCGUAGCUUAUGUGAAGGGAAUAUUGUACGGUCUCCUUUCCUCUCUCCUUCCCUCUCUAUCUGGCGAGUUUAUCGUCGAUUGAUUAUGGAUGAAAGGAGAAUUCAAUUCAUCUCCCAUUGAUUGGACUAGGUCACACUUCAUGUAAAGCCAAAUAAAAAUGACACACCAAAAACUUGUCUCAGGGGGUCGAUGUCAAUUGGGCUUUGCCCUGUUUCUGCCUCCUGUCACACGGUUUUUUGUUUCUUUUUUUUUCUUGUAAAUGUAAAUUUGUGGGACAAAGAAAAUAAACUAAACUAAACUAAACUAGUUAUUUUAGUGAUAGUAUAGUUUUGGAAAUGGUGUGCGCUUUUCUUCCUUCAAAUAGGUUCUGUUAGAAGAACUUACACCAGCACCAUGUCAUGUUUUGUCCAAGCCCCUGCACCUGGCGAGGGCGGCUAAUUGACUCCGUCAGCGUCUGCGCCCAGACGAUCCAACAGACCUAAACUUCGAGAUAGAGGAGGACCACAUUCCAUCGGAUUUUCUCCAAUCUGACCUACGUGUCAAAAACAGAAGACAUAUUGUAUUCGCCACCAGCCAGCAGCUUGAGCAGCUUGCCAGAGCCAAAACCUGGUACGUCGAUGGCACGUUUAAGCUCAUCCGAACGCCCUUCACCCAGCUGCUCACCAUUAAUGCGUUCGUGAGGGCAGAGGAGUGUGCAAAACAAGUACCACUGGCAUCUGUCCUCAUGUCCAGAAAGAAGAAAAGUGAUUAUAAGAAGGUAAGCUUCAUAAAGUUACAUUAAGGGUGUUUUAACGGGUAAUAUACCGGUUAUACCAUAAUUGUUGCGUUAGCUAAAAGAGAGUCGUAGUAAUGAUCCGUCAAAGUUGAGGUGCUGAAAAAUUUAUAUAAAGUUGAUUUGACGGCAGUUUCAUUUAUGACCAAUGUGAUUUCGUUUUGGUGACUAAACCCCUUUUUACGUUUGUUUUAAUUUUCUAGGUUCUCAGAGCCAGCGUUAAUCUGCUUCCUAAUGAGCCAUCAGUCCAAAGAGUAGUGCUGGACUUUGAAAGAGCGAUGUGGUCGGCAGUUAAGGCAGUUCUACCAGAGGCGAUAAUCAUGGGAUGUGUUUUCCACUGGACCCGGGCGGUGUGGAGAAAGGUUCAAGAGCUGGGACUUGCAGCUGCUUAUGAACAGGAUGAUGGAACCUACCGACUGAUCCGAAAACUGAUGGCAAUGCCGUUCCUGCCGGCCGGCGAGAUACCAGCAGCGUUUGCCAAGUUGCGAUUGAGGGCAAGUACCAAUGGCAUGAAGAGGCUGGUCUCCUACACUGGAUUGAUGUGGAUUGAAAGCACUACCUUCCCGCCAAAGGACUGGAGUGUGUACGGGCAGGCCAUCCGCACUAACGACCUGGAGGGCUGGCACCACGGCCUAAACCGACGAGCUGGGGGCAGAGUACACACUCCGUUUUACCUUCUCAUCCAGCACCUGCACAGAGAGGCCAAGCUUUCUGCGCUUCAGGUUAGACUCGUCUCUGAUGGAAAGUUAAAACAUCUACAAAGAAAAACCUAUUGCUGCCUUCAGGCCAAGAUUUUUGAUCUCUGGGAUGAUUACGCCUCCAGGGAAAAAACCGCUCAACAGUUACUAAAGGCACGCAGCCAUCUUAAUGGACCAGUCCGUUCAGUUUAAGUUCUAUUAGUCAAUAUAUUUAUACCUUCGUGUCGCGAUAGAUUUAAAUGGUUCGAUUUGAAUAGGUUACGGUUCGGUUAGAAAUAAUUCAUCGUUCGCGAUUAGUCAAUACAUAUACCGUAAACAUCGUUAUAGUUUCAAAUAGGUUAAGGUUCGGUUAGGAAUAAUUUAUUGUUCGCUAUUAGUCAACAUAUUUAUACCGUACACGUCGUUAUAGUUUUAAAUAGGUUGAGAUUCGGUUAGGAAUUAUAAUAUACAAUUGUAAAUAGGUAAGGUUAGGUUUAUAUAGACUUAGAAGUAAGUAUUUAUCGUAGUAUCACGCAAAUAGGUCUGUUGAUCAUAUUCAAUAAAUUGUUGCAUUACAGUAUGUUGACGUGUUUUUUUUUUUUUUGCCUCGGCUAUUGCACUGGGCCGGUUUAAUUGGGUUUCUUGCAUGCUCAGAAGAAAUUUGCAUGUUCAGUAUUCAUUCCUGACAACGUGAUGCAUGUCAUUAUAUCGAUCGGGAAUAGUUUUGAUCGUGCUACACGACUCAUAUUUUAUAAAUCGACUUACAUAUUAUGACUUAUAUCUUCAUAGAAUAUACCGGGCGAAUCAACUUUGAGUCUGGGCGAAACGACUUUUUGUUCGGGCGAAUCGUCUUCCAGUUCGGGCGAAAGGGUUUCAGGUGAAUGGAAUUUCGGGCGAAACGACCGUAAACCAGUCGUACGAGCUUACAGACCUUUUCCAUUGCAUUUCACUCAAGGCUAUAGGUAAGGUUUCUUAUGAGACAGUACUUCUUUUCCAAUGUUAAACAUAUAUUGCACGUAAAAUACAUCAAAAUAAUUCGCCUCAUUUGCAAGUAUUUUCAGUGUUGACCCAAAAAAUCUGCCCACCCAUAGAUAUGUGCUCCUACGAGCUCACAGGGAGUUCCUUUCCCUUUGUUAUCUUUUCAAUCAGGAAGGAAAAGUGUAAACACAAGACAGGGUAAAAAUCAUUUAAGCUUAUCAAAAUCAAGUAUUUGGGAAUUUUUUUCCAAGUUUAUGUACAUUUCACAUCCCACUCAGUAUACUGAGACAAGUAAACUUAUAGCGAACACAACUUUAAUCUAAACUUAACUCGAUGUCGGUUGAACGUGGACUACUCAACAAGAAAAACUUAAAUGCUAUAAACUGCAAAGCUCUAAACGAUGGUCCUGCUUGAUUGAGUGUUGGAUCUCACAGGAGAUCUAAUCAGC